CUUCUGCAAAAUAAAUAAUCACGAGAGGUUCUUCUUCUGGUUCUUGUUCUGGUACUCGAGGAAGUUGCAGGUGCGGCGGCUUCGGAAGCUAACCCAUGUCCAGUGGCCAUUGAGAGUGAAAACGUGCUUGUAACUCACUAAUUACAUGGUUUCCACCUGGUUACUGGUUAAGCUGCAAGCCGACGAGAAUUAAUUUCUGCUUCAACCUUCACCUCUUAUUCUCUCGCCAUUCCUUUUUUCUUUUUCUUCUUCUGUGGUCUCUUUGGAGUAGUCGAAACAAAAUGGAGGAACCUUGCAUUCAUGAAUAUGUUUACUGGAAGGAAUUUCAGUCCAAGCGAUUCUUCAAGAUUCUGACUCAGGGUUUCGAUCUCCAGCUAAGCAUUCCAAAUAAGUUCGUUCAGAAUGUCAAGGAUCUCUGUGGAACCGUUAGUUUGAAAGGUCCUGCUAGGAAGACUUGGGAGGUGGAGUUAAAUAAGACCCAAGAUGGCUUAUUUUUCCAAAAUGGAUGGUCGCAGUUCGUAAAAGAUAAUUGUCUGGAGGAAGGGAACCUGUUGGUGUUCAGAUUUACUGGGCAUUUACAUUUCGAUGUAUCUAUUUUCGACAACGAAAGCUUCUGUGAGAAAGCUUGUUCUUUUUUCGUGGAAAAUCAUGGCUGCCGUGGUACCAAAAGAUCAAGGGAUAAUUGUGAGGAACUUGCACCUUCAGCCCCUCAUUCACCCACCCGAGGGGGGGCACCCACAUCAUCGAAGAAGCAUCGAAGUGGAAGGGUGAAUUCAUACCAAACGCGGGGGCAAACAUCUACUCAGCGUGCUCCCUCUAAAGCUCCUGUUGCAAGGGUUGGGACACAGUGUCGGAGCACUAGAACCAUCACUGCCAAGAAGAAAAUCAGGAGUGAAGAGCACGAAUCUUCUAGUUCUGGUUCUGAUUUCAGUGAUGAACUAAGUGAAGGCUUUUCUUCAAGUGAUGAAUCAGAUGAAGCAGGUGAAAUUCCACCAGGCUUCAAGUACAGUGUCCGUGAACAUAAAUCGGGUAGAAGGCCUGCAACUGAAGAAGAGAAGAUAAAAGUUCGGAAAUUGGCCGACGAGGCCCUUGGUGCUUCCUCGAAUGUGAGCUUGAGCUUCUUGGUUGUCAUGCGACAGACCCAUGUUUAUAGACGAUUUAGUUUGACGCUCCCUUCCGACCUCACGAAGCAUUUUUCUUCAAAGUGCAGAAAUUGCAUUCUCUGCUGUGAAGGCCAUAAAAAGCUUGUUAUGUUUAGACCCAGAAAAAGCCGUGUUGGUGGAGGGUUUUCGAGGGGUUGGGCGGAUUUUGUUUUCGAGAAUAACAUAGAGGAAGAUGACAUUUGUUUGUUUGAGCUUGUUGAACCAGUGCAAAAGCAGGCGGAGCAGGAUAUUGUCUUCAAUGUCCGCAUCUUUCGAGUGGUUGAAGAGGUGGUUCCCCUAACUUGCCUCAGAAUUCCUCAGCCGUGUAGCAGCACAAGGAAAAUUCAGAGCAGUGGCGCUUCUGGGCAUGGGCGUGGCCGUGGCCGUGGUCGUGGUCGUGGUCGUGGGCGAGGAAAAGGGCGUGGGCGUGCGCGCGGUAGAGGAAAAGGUUGAGGGCGUUGGCGUAGCUUGAGUUCCUUAUGUUAACCUCCGUUUCGAUUUGAAGUGCCUACUCCAACACAAGCUGAUGUGUUACAUGUGCUAUAUGCUGUUAAUGGUAACAAUUUUUAUUUUAGGUCGUGAUCUCAUUAAGAGUGGCACUUCAAUGGCUUUGCUUGUACACCUUAAUUAACCUCUCCUUGGCCGGACUGCCUGUGGGGUCAAUCCCAGAUAGCUGAGCAUGAAUAAGCUCCCCUGGUUCUUCCCAACUUUUUAGAGGCUUAGAUACUGCUUUGAGUACUUAGAUAUUAUUACCAAGACCAGGAAUGUUUUUUUGGCUUGGUGCUUUCUUUCAUACUUUAUAUUGUAAUUGGACCUGCAUUGGUUUCAUGAUGCAUUUUUAUUUCAUGA